AAAUGUGUAUCUUUACGUUGAAUACGCUUGUGUAUAGUAAAUACGCAUCGAUUAUGUAGAAACAUACCUCUAUGUGAUAGAUGCAGGUGUUUAUUUCGCAUAAAUGAAUACACGUCGCUCUAGAAAGAAGCGAUCGCCGACAAAUACGUGUAUGCUUACGUAUGAAAAGUGUUGUAUUUAUGUUUCUAAAUGAACGAGUGUACGUAUUUGUCUCUGUUUUCUUUCUUCCUCUCUUUUAUGUUUUUCUUCCUUCCUUUCUACCUUUCUCUCCUUCUUUAGGCGUUUCUUCCUCUCUUCCUUUCCUUCUUUCUCUCUUUCUGUUCUUUUUUCUUUCGUGCUUUAUUUCUCUUUCGUUCCCUGUCUUUCCUUCUUUUUUCUUUCCUCUCUGUUUCUUUUUCCCUUUUUUCCUUCGUUUCUUUCCUCAUUCUUUCUCUCUUUUUCAUGUGUCUUUCCUUUCCGUCUGUCUUUUAAAAAUGGACUGUUUCAAAAGUUUUCUUUGCGUAUCUACGUUUUUUAAACGGUCUCUCUUUUCUCCAUUUUCUUCCUCCCUCCCUGCUCCCUUCCCUCCCUCCUUCCCUUUCGCCGUCUGUCUCUUUGCCCCAUUCCCCCCGUCCCUCCCUCUUUCUCUCCCUCUGUCUGUCUCUGUGUGGAUUCUGGAAGAGCCUACGCAUUCUGCCUCUCCGUGUGUCUGCAGCGACCGGCGACCGAGUCCUUGUGUGUUCUUUCUCCCUCCCUCCCUCCCUCCCUCCCUCCCUCCCUCCCUCCCUGCUUCCGAGAUGCAUCUCCAAACACCCACACGCCGUGGGUUGUCUUCUGACUCUGUCGCGGUCGAGGCAGAGACCCGUUUUGGGUACCGUUUGUGUGGGGUUGGGGUAGAGGGGCUGCGUUUUUGGCCUCGGGAAGAGCUUCUCGACUCACGGUUUCGCUUUUGCGGUCCCCGGGCCGCCCUGCCAUCCGGAUCUGUCUCGCUGACGUUCGCGGCGGUCGUCGGGCUCCAUCUGGCGGCCGCUUUUAGAUCGUGCUCUCGGCUUCCGGAGCUGCGGUGGCAGCUGCCGAGGGAGGGGACCGUCCCCGCUGUGAGCUAGGCAGAGCUCCGGAAAGCCCGCGGUCGUCAGCCCGGCUGGCCCGGUGGCGCCAGAGCUGUGGCGCGUCGCUUGUGUCAUCUCACAUGUCCGAGUGAUCGCAAACUUUUAGGCUCCAGAGAUCCUCCCGCAUCGGCCUCCCGGAGUGCUGUGAUGACACGCGUGGGCACGACGGAGUUUCACUCUUGUCGCCCAGGGUGGAGGACGAUGGCGCGAUGUCGGCUCACCGCACCCUCCGCCUCCCAGGUUCGAGUGAUUCUCCUGCCUCAGCCUUCACGAGUAGCUGGAAUGACAGCAAUGAGCCAUCGUGCCCGGCUAGGUUUUCUAGUUUUAGUACACAUGGGGUUUCUCCAUCUUAGUCAGGCUGGUCUUCAACUUCCGACCGUUGGAGAAUUUUAACUUUCUUGGUGGUUGUUUUUCUUUUCUUUUCUCUUCUUUUCUUUUCUUUUCUUUCCUUCUCCUUCCCCCCCCCCACCCCCCCUUGUCCUCCUCCUCCUCCUCCUCCUCCUCCUCCUCCUCCUCCUCCUCCUCCUCCUCCUCCUCCUCCUGCUCUUUCAUUUCUUUCAGCUGGGCUCUCCUACUUGUGUUGCUCUGUUACUCACGCUGGUCUCAAACUCCUGGCCUUGACACUUCUCCCGUCACAUCCGCCGUCUGGUUGUUGAAAUGAGCAUCUCUCGUCAAAUGGAAAAGAUGAAAGAAAUAAACACGAAGACGAAAA